AUGAAUAAUAAUAAUCAAAAUAAUCAAAAUAAUCAAAAUAAUCAAAAUAAUCAAAAUAAUCAAAAUAAUCAAAAUAAUCAGAAUAAUCAAAAUAAUCAAAAUAAAAAUACAUAUAAAUAUAAUAUUAAAAAAUUUAAUUAUAUAAAUGAAGACGAUAAACCUUUAUUUUAUAAUUAUGAUUUUAGAAAAAGAAAUAAAUAUUCAUUUUAUGUAUUGGAUUGGUUAUGUGUUUUAAUAGUAUUGGUUAUUGGUGGUAUAUUGUUUUUAAAAGUUAAAGUUAGAGGAAGAUUAUUUAGAUUAAACGAUGAAAGUAUAUCAUAUCCACUUUUGGAUGAAUUGGUACCAAUGCAUUCACUUAUCCCAAUUAUUAUAUUGGUUCCAGUCGGUUUAAUGGUUAUCAUCAGUCUUGUAAUCAAAAGAAAUAGAAAAGAUUUUCAUCAUGCAAUUUUAGGUUUGGCACAGGCAAUUACACUAACUUUAUUAUUGGUAUCAAGCUUCAAAUGUUUUAUUGGUGGAUUGCGUCCAAACUUUUUAUCAAUUUGCAAACCAACACCAGAAUCAAUUGCUGCAGCCACUCCUGUAGGCUAUGGUGGUAUUUAUUAUGAUAGUACAGUCUGUACCGCUUCAGAUUACGACAUUAACGAUGCUUUAAGUGCCUACCCAUCCGGUCAUGCAGCUAUAUCCGCUACUUCUCUUGGUUAUCUAGCUAUCUAUUUAAAUUCAAAAUUCAAAACAUUCCAUGGCCGUGGUCAUCUUUUUAUUUAUAUCUCAGUUUGUGGUUGUACUAUUGGCGCCGGUUUAAUAGGUGUCUCCAGAAUUGCUGAUUACCGUCACACCUUUUUAAAUGUUUUGGCUGGUUGGAUUAUUGGUAUAUGUAUUGCAUUCUCAAUGUACAGGUUAAACUAUCUAUCGGUAUUUGGUGAUGAUAAUCAUAUUCCAAUCGCUAAACAUUGGAAACAUAUUUGGAGACAUCAAGACUCUACAAAUAUUGUGGAUGACAACUAUGACGAUGAUGGUAAAAAAAGCUGUAGUGAUAUCAUUAGCCUAGAGGAAAGUUGCGAUUUUGAAUCUUUAAACCACGGAAAUAGAUCUCCAAAUAGUGUACCAUUAAAAGAGGUUAGAUAAAAACCAAUUUUUAAAAGAAAUUUUUUAAAAAAAUAACAAAUAAAGUACAAUGUAUAUUAGU